AUGAAUGGCGACGUGGUGGCUCAGUUUGCCGAGAUCACUGGCGCGACGCCAGAGGUGGCCACGCAGUAUCUGCAGCUGGCCGACUUCGAUAUUGAACAGUCUAUGCAGCUUUAUUUCGAGAAUGGGGGUGCACCGUUGACUGAAACAGCCUCGCAGCCAUCUCAUCGAUCUCACUUCGAGGAUGAGGCUGGAGUCGUUCAUGUUGAUUCAGAAUCCGAGGAAGACAACCCAUCCGCCCGCACCAGAACUAGCACCACCGGCAGAGGGGGCUCGACCUUUGAGGACGACGCUGCCAUGGCGCGUCGUCUACAAGAGGAGAUGUACGGAGGAGUCGGUGGUGGUGUUGGCGGCGCUAGUGGUAUCGGCGGAGAUGACGAGAACGUACGAGCACCACUAGCACGGACAACAGAAACGCUCGUAGGACCUGGCCUUGAUUUCGACGACGAAGAUGAUAUGCACACCAACAUUCUGAGUCAGCUAAGAGCUCGCCAAAGGGGUGCUGGUCGUCCCGGAAUUUUUAACCAGGCAUCUGCACCUUCAAUAUGGGCUGGCGAUUCGGCCGAGACGCACCAAGAGCGGCUCGCCAGAGCCACGGGUGGUGCGUCGGAAAGCUCGUCAAAGUCCAAUAUGCUCGCGGAGAUGUACCGACCCCCGUUCGAAAUUAUGUCGCGUGUUCCUUGGGAUAUGGCUCGUGAAGAGGGACGGGAAAAUCAGAAAUGGCUCUUGGUGAACAUUCAAGACACUUCCAUUUUCGACUGCCAAGUCCUAAACCGCGACUUGUGGAAGGAUAAACUCGUUCAGGAGACGAUUCGGGAGCAUUUCAUCUUUAUGCAGUUCUCGAAGGACGACCCAAAGGCUGCGCCAUAUCUCCAAUACUACUUCCAAGCUCACGACGUCUCUGACAACUAUCCUCACAUUGCUAUCGUUGAUCCUCGAACUGGCGAGCAAAUGAAGAUAUGGUCUGGGCCGCCAGUCAUUAAGGCUGCCGAGUUUCUGAUGCAACUCCACGAAUUCCUAGACCGAUACAGUCUCAACCACAACGUGCGAAACCCCGUCGCAAAACGCAAAAUCGAGAAGAAAGAGAAGACGGUGGAUGCGAUGACUGAAGAGGAAAUGAUGGAAAUGGCCAUCAAGCAUAGCCUUGGGGGAAGUCCCACCUCGGGCACCAAGAUGGAGGAUCCCGACGAUCUCACUCGAAGUACCGAAGAUGUGAAGGGCAAAAGCCGAGCCAGUGGGGAGGAAGGAGAGGUCGCAUCUCGAGGAGAGAUGCCCCAGGAAAUGGCCGAGAAUGUGCAAGAGUCAUUGUUCUCUUCAAUCCCCAAUGACCGACCACAUACGGAGCCCGAAGCAGAUCCCACCACGACCACUCGAAUUCAGUUUCGCCAUCCUUCAGGCCGUGUCAUUCGACGCUUUGCGCUAUCUGAUCCAGUUCAACGCAUCUAUGAAUGGCUCAAGGCUAAUCCUCCAUUGGAGGACAAGGCUGGCAUUGAAUUUGAGCUGAAUGCCAUGGGUCAAAAUCUGAUAGAUAGCCUGGCGACAAGCAUCCAGGAUGCCGGCUUGAAGAAUGGAACAGUCAUGAUUGGCUAUCUGGAAGAUUGA